AUGGCAUAUCGAUUAAUAUCCCUCUCAAUGCGAAUGUUGGAACAGAAUAAAACAAAUACUGCAAAUUCUUCAGCCUGUAGGUGGGCGAAAGAAUUAUCUUCUGAUCUAAUCGUUUCCAGUGAAUCUAUGUCAGAAAAGGACAAUGCACAAAUUAUGAAUUGGAAGCUACCUCCUGCCCGAUUUGUGAAGAUCAACGUGGAUACUACUUUCAAGGCGGAAAGUCAGCAAAUUGCUACUGGGGUGGUUAUUCGAGAUGAAAAUGGUCAGGUUCUAGCAGCCAAAUGCAAAUGGUAUGGCUCGAUCCCAAAUAUUCUCUCUGUUGAAGCCUAUGCUGCAACUGAUGGGGCUGUUUUGAUGGAUUUGCUGAAUCGGCCGAAGGACAUUGUUGAAUUCUCUGAAGUGUGUGCUCUGAUGACAGGGAAAGAUAAAGACUACAGAUAUAUGGCAACAUCAGAUCUACUUAGUGAAUUGAAUAAAGAAAGCUUCAAAGCUGAUCAAGACCUUGAGCCAAAGUUAACAAUUACUGUUCUUCAACAACUCGAGGAUGCUUCGGGAGAUGUUUCUGGUUUAGCUGUUAAAUGCUUGGCUCCACUCGUCAAGAAGGUUGGUGAGGACAGGGUUGAGGAGAUGACCAAUAAACUUUGUGUUAAAUUGAUCAAUGGAAAGGACCAGCAUCGAGAUACAGCUAGUAUAGCCCUGAAGACAAUCAUUGCAGAAGUUACUACACCAUCACUUGCUGAAAAGAUUUUGCUUUCUCUUGCCCCACAACUCAUCAAGGGUGUCAAUACCGCAAAAGGUGCUGAAAUUAAAUGCGAAUGUCUUGAUAUAUUGGCGGAUGUGCUUCAUAGAUUUGGCAACUUGAUCACAAAAGAUCAUGAGUAUAUGCUCACUGCACUUUUAUCUCAAUUGGGUUCCAACCAAGCAAGCGUCAGAAAGAAGUCUAUUUCUUGCAUUGCAUCACUUGCUCCAAGUUUAUCAGAUGAUUUGUUAGCGAAGGCAACUUUGCAAGUUGUACAGUUGCUGAAAAAUAGAGGUGCAAAAUCUGAAAUUACCCGAACAAAUAUCCAGAUGAUUGGUUCUCUAAGUCGUUCUGUGGGGUACCGUUUUGGGCCACACCUUACUGAAACUGUUCCUCUGCUUAUAAGCUAUUGCACAAGCGCAUCUGAAAAUGAUGAAGAGCUUCGUGAAUACAGCUUGCAGGCUCUUGAGAGCUUUAUGCUCAGGUGCCCAAGGGAUAUAUCCCCAUAUUGUGAGGGCAUUCUGAAUCUUGCUUUGGAAUAUGUGAGCUAUGAUCCUAAUUUCACUGAUAGCAUGGAUGAGGAUACUGAUGAGGAAGGGCAGGAAGAGGAUGAUGACGAUGAGAGUGCAAAUGAGUACACAGAUGAUGAGGAUGCAAGCUGGAAAGUCCGUAGGGCAUCAGCAAAGUGCCUAUCUGCAAUUAUAGUGUGUCGUCCUGAAAUGUUGUCAAAGAUGUAUCUAGAGGCUUGUCCAAAGUUAAUUGAACGAUUUCGGGAAAGAGAGGAGAAUGUAAAGAUGGAUAUCUUCAACACCUUCAUUGAGCUGUUACGCCAAACUGGUAAUGUAACGAAAGGACAAGGCGACAUCGAUGAGUCCAGUCCUCGAUGGUUGCUGAAGCAAGAGGUACCAAAAGUCGUCAAGUCUAUCAACAGGCAGUUACGUGAAAAAUCAAUCAAGACAAAGGUUGGGGCAUUUUCAGUACUGAAGGAGCUUGUGGUUGUAUUACCAGACUGUCUUGCUGAUCAUUUUGGAUCACUUGUUCCUGGUAUUGAGAAGGCUUUGAAUGAUAAGUCUUCUACCUCCAACCUGAAGAUCGAAGCCCUUGUAUUUACAAGGCUUGUUAUGGCUUCACAUUCGCCAUCUGUGUUUCAUCCAUACAUCAAGACAAGCUCAGUCGAUUUCAGGCCAUACAUUCAUCCAAUCUAUAAUGCUAUACUGGGACGUUUGGCUAAUCAAGAUCAGGAUCAGGAGGUAAAAGAAUGCGCCAUAUCUUGCAUGAGUCUGGUGGUCUCUACUUUUGGUGAUGGUCUUCAAAGAGAAUUACCAGCAUGCCUUCCCAUACUCGUCGAUAGGAUGGGUAAUGAAAUUACAAGACUUACAGCUGUCAAGGCAUUUUCAGUUAUUGCGAAUUCACCUCUUCGUAUUGAUCUCUCGUGUGUCCUGGAUCAUGUUGUUUCUGAGCUCACAGCUUUCCUUCGUAAGGCCGACAGAGCUCUUAGGCAGGCAACAUUGGGAACUCUAAAUUCUUUGGUUGUCACAUAUGGUGGUCAGAUUGGCUCUUCUUCAUAUGAGACGAUAAUCGUGGAACUUUCAACCCUCAUAAGUGACAUGGAUUUGCAUAUGACCGCUCUUGCAUUAGAACUUUGUUGCACAAUAAUGGUUGACAGAAAAUCCAUUAAAAAUGUUGGUUUAGCUGUGAGAAAUAAGGUUUUGCCUCAGGCCCUUGUUUUGAUCAGGAGUGCCCUCUUGCAAGGGCAGGCACUACAGGCUCUUCAGAGGUUUUUUGCGUCACUUGUUCAAUCUGCAAAUACUAGCUUUGAUGCUUUGUUGGAUUCCCUUAUUUCUGCUGCGAAGCCAUCACAGUCAGGUAGUCUUGCCAAGCAAGCACUGUCUUCUAUUGCUAAGUGUGUUGCUGUUCUGUGCUUAGCAGCUGGUGACCAGAAGUGUGCAUCUACAAUUGAAAUGCUUAAAGGCAUUUUGAAAGAUGACAGCACUACUAACUCUGCUAAACAACAUAUGGCCUUGUUAUGUCUGGGAGAAAUUGGGAGGAGGAAGGACCUCAGCAAUCAUGUUCAAAUUGAGAACAUUGUCAUUGAAUCAUUUCAAUCACCUUUUGAGGAGAUUAAGUCCGCAGCAUCCUAUGCACUUGGAAACAUUGCUGUUGGCAACCUCUCCAAGUAUUUACCAUUUAUUUUGGAUCAGAUUGACAAUCAACAGAAGAAGCAAUAUUUGUUGCUCCAUUCACUUAAAGAGGUAAUCGUGCGACAAUCUGUUGAUCAUACUGGCCAGAGUGAACUCCAGGAUUCAAACAUUGAGAAGAUAUUGGCAUUGCUCUUCAAUCACUGUGAAAGUGAGGAGGAGGGAGUUCGGAAUGUUGUUGCAGAGUGUUUAGGAAAAAUUGCUUUAAUUGAACCAAAAAAAUUAGUCCCUGCUUUGAAGGUACGCACAUCUAGCCCAGCAGCAAAUACAAGAGCUACAGUUGCCAUUGCUAUAAAAUAUUCAAUUGUUGAACGACCUGAGAAAAUAGAUGAAAUCAUGUACUCUGAGAUAUCUACUUUCCUGAUGUUGAUUAAAGACAGCGAUAGGCAUGUGAGAAGAGCAGCGGUUCUGGCUUUGAGCACAGCAGCGCACAACAAGCCAAAUUUGAUUAAAGGUCUUCUUCCAGAGUUAUUACCUCUUCUAUAUGACCAAACUGUUAUUAAGCAAGAGUUGAUCAGGACAGUUGAUCUUGGGCCUUUCAAGCAUGUUGUAGAUGAUGGUCUUGAACUCAGGAAAGCUGCCUUUGAAUGUGUGGACACUUUAUUGGACAGUUGUCUUGAUCAAGUGAAUCCAUCGUCCUUCAUUGUACCUUUCCUCUUGUCUGGCUUAGGUGAUCAUUAUGAUGUAAAAAUGCCUUGCCAUUUGAUUCUCUCAAAGCUAGCAGACAAGUGCCCCUCAGCCGUUCUUGCUGUUUUGGACUCCAUAGUUGAACCGAUUGAGAAAACAAUAAGUCACAAACCGAAGGGGGAUGCAGUGAAGCAGGAGGUCGAUCGGAAUGAAGACAUGAUUCGUAGCGCUCUUAGGGCCAUUUCUUCUUUAAGCCGCAUAAGUGGCAGCGACUACAGUUUACGGUUCAAGAAUCUGAUGAACAAGAUAACAACCACUCCUGCACUUGCUGAGAAGUACAACUCGGUGCGCAGUGAAUAA